CUUAUAGAAGUAUUGUAUACAAUCAUCACUCAAAAUUCAAAAUGGAGUGGCCUAAUAACUACUCCUGUCUUGUUUUCUUCAUUCUGUUUGCUCCUCUUCUCUGUUUAGCAAAGAGAAGCACAUACAUUGUCCAUUUGGACAAGUCUUUAAUGCCUAAGAUAUUCGCUACUCACCAUCACUGGCAUUCUUCUACAAUUGAAUCCAUUAAGAUUAUAACUCCUGCUUCACUUAAUAGCCACCAUCCUGCUCCAAAGCUUCUAUAUUCUUAUGACAAUGUAUUUCAUGGCUUCAGCGCUGUUUUGUCCCAAAAUGAACUAGAAGCUUUGAAAAAGUCUCCAGGAUUUGUUUCGGCUCAUAAAGACGUACCCAUUGAACUCCACACUACACAUACCCCUGAGUUCCUUAAGCUCAAUCCUUCCUCUGGUCUUUGGCCAGCUUCUAAUUUUGGCCAAGAUGUCAUUAUUGGUCUCGUUGACACGGGGAUAUGGCCUGAAUCGCCUAGCUUUAGGGAUGAUGGUAUGCCUGAAAUCCCGAAAAGAUGGAAGGGAAUUUGUCGAGCAGGCACUGAUUUCAACUCUUCAUUGUGCAAUAGAAAAAUUAUUGGGGUUAAUUACUUUUACAAGGGAGCUGUAGCUGAGAAUACUCAUGUGAAUCUUACCACAUUUUCUGCCCGGGAUUCUUGGGGUCAUGGUACACAUAUAGCCUCAAUUGCUGCAGGAAAUUAUGUCCAAGGAGUUUCCUACUUCGGAUAUGGAAAGGGAACUGCAAAAGGUGUUGCUCCCCGUGCUAGGUUGGCUAUUUACAAAGUAUCAUGGCGUGAACUUGGAUCGAUAACCAGUUCAGAUAUGAUUGCUGGUAUGGAUCAGGCAGUUGCUGAUGGAGUUGACAUCAUAUCCAUGUCUAGUGGAUCAGCUCAUGUUCCGCUAUAUAGAGACGAUAUAGCAAUUGGGGCUUUUGGUGCUAUGAUGAAGGGCAUUCUCGUGACUGGUUCAGCAGGUAAUCGCGGUCCAGAUUUUGGAACUCUAGUGAAUGGAGCCCCGUGGAUAAUGACUGUUGGAUCAGCUUCCACAGACCGAACCUUUGCAGGGACUCUGACUCUAGGCAAUGGGCAAAAGAUUAGGGGUUGGAGUUUGUUUCCCUUGAGAGCAAUUAUCAAGGAUACAACCCUGGCGUAUAACAAGACCGCCUCUUCUUGCAAUUCAACUGAAUUGUUAUCCGAUGCCUACUCACCCUUCAUUCAAGUCAUUGUUUGUGAUGGUCCGGAGGAUUUCUCCUCUGAUCUUGCAAUUGGAUUUUCCUUUCAAAUGAACAGCGUAACGGAUACUAGAUUUCUGGCAGCUAUCUACAUUUCUUCUGAUCCAAGAGCACUCACCUCCAAAUCAUUUCACAGCCCUGGGGUUGUGAUUGGCAGAAAGGAAGGUAAGCAAGUGAAAGAUUACAUCAGGAAAACCAAGCACCCUACUGUGACAAUACAUUUUCAAGAGACGUAUGAAGAUGUCAUCACACCUACACCCAAACUCGCCUAUUCAUCCGGUAGAGGUCCUGCUCGAAGCUAUGUUGGAAUAUCAAAACCGGAUAUAAUAGCACCAGGGGUGUCAGUUGUAGGCGCCUGGCCACCGGAGGUAGAUGCCAUUCGUGUGGGUACUAGCAUGUUUUUGGGAAGUGACUACAACAUCGAAUCAGGCUCAUCCAUGGCUAGUCCUCAUGUAUCUGGAAUUGCUGCAAUGCUAAAAUCCGUACAUCCUGAUUGGAGUCCAUCAGCUAUUAAAUCAGCAAUAAUGACCACUGCUAACCCUUUGGAUAACACUCAAAAGCGAAUCACUGUGGCUACUACCAACGAACCAACCACACCAUACGGCAUUGGACCAGGGCUCAUUGAUCCCAACAGAGCACUUGAUCCCGGACUAAUAUACGAUGCAACUCCACAAGACUAUGUCAAUCUUCUAUGCUCCAUGAAUUUCACAGAAGACGAAUUCAAAACCAUCGCUAGAUCAGCAACCAAUCACCACAACUGCUCAAAUGCAUCAGAUGAUCUCAAUUACCCAUCAUUCACUGCUCUAUACGAGUUUGACCGUGAUGGUAACAACUAUCCGUUGUUAGUGAAGAAAUUUACAAGGACGGUUACGAAUGUUGGUUCAGGUGCAGCUAUAUAUAAAGCAUUAGUGGAAGUGCCAAAGAAUACCAGCAUUUCAGUAUCACCACAAGUUCUAACAUUUGGGAAAAAAUAUGAGAAGAAGAGCUACACUUUGACUAUUCGCUAUAGAGGUGAAGGUCAUGAGAGCUAUGUUUUUAAUUAUGGUUCAAUCACUUGGGUUGAACAGAAUGGAAAACACACUGUAAGAAGCCCUAUUAGUGUCUCUCCCAUUAUACUUCCCUGGGGAGAGUUUUGAAAAUCUUCUACCAAUUCAAAGCCAAUAAAAACUAUUACGUGUAUUCAGAGUUAAUAUCUCAAAAGAUCACUCAACUUACUGAAUUUAUCUAGCAAAGUCAUUAAACUUUA